AUGGGGGCGGAAGGCUGGACCCAGUCCCCUGUCAUGAACGCCAAGGGACAGCAUGUGUCCCUGAGAUGUCAGGAAGGGGGUGCCAAGGAGAAGGAACUGGAGGAAGUUUUCGGAAGUGGCAGGGAGUGGCUUCCUGGGGAAGGACGGAAGGAGAAGUCCUUGAUAUCGGGGUCCGAGAUCUGCUCAGACCACUGUCCAAGCCGCUGCGCCUCCAACUGCAAAGUACCAGGGGUGGCAGUGGACGACAGCUCCAGGUUUUCCUACCUUCACCUCCCGCCCAUCCUGCGCUGCUCCGGGUGGCCGCCAGAGGGCAGCAUUGCGCGGCCCGGGCACUCUGGGAGACUAAGGCAGAGCCCCGGCGGGGGGCUACGGGACUCACCCUCCCGGAUCCAGGGCGAACCCUGCCCACACCACCACCUGGGGCGGGCCGCAGAGCACCCUAACUCAUCCCACCCACAGCGCAGGCGGGGAAACCGAGGCAGGGCCCGCAGCUUCGCCGGGCGCGUCCCGCCGCGAUCACGCGGCCGGAGGGAGUGGCCGCCGAGCCGCAACUGCGGCCCUGAUACCACCCCGUGCCCCAAAAAACUUCCUCCCCGAGCCGCUUCCGCGGUCCCGAUCCACCGCCCGCGCCUGGGCAGUGACUCCUCUGACGGUCAUCCCGGUCCGGCCUUCCCAGAACCAGCUUCCGCCCCGCCCGACGGCCACGGGUUCUGGGAAGCCCCCAGCCGGGUCCAGCAGCACUGGGCUGGGGGCUUCCGUUCAUGGAGCCGAGCAACUGGCAAGUGCUCCCUGAGCACUGCUGUCACCGCUGUCCCGGCCUGUCCCCCACCCCUCCACCUCGCCAGGAACAUGAGGCCCCCGGCGGCCAUGGCUCUGCUCCUACUGCUGUUCCCACUCGUGCUGCUGUCUCUGGGUAGUGUGGAGGGUCCAGAUGACACCCAGUGGGGAGGGGAGCCGAGUGGCCGAGGAAGGCUGGGCAUCAGCAGGGGAUCCGUGUGCCGCCUGGAACCCUCCUCCCCGCUGACACUUUGGGCAGCAGCUGUGGCUUUGCCAUCUCCUGGAUCAGUGACCUCUACUUUCCUCUACUGCUUCGCCCAGCUCCUCCUCACCCCACUUGGCACCAGAGAGGCCUCAGGGGACCAGGGCAUUCAGAGGGACCCCAGUCUGGGACCCUCCCCGGGCCCCCGUGUUGUGCUGGAUUCCGGGAUUAGCGCUUUGGACCAGGGAUCAAAGCGCCCGAGAGCAACCGGUGAGUUCCCGUGUCCCCCCGCAGCUUGUGGCCGUCCCCGGAUGCUAAACCGGAUGGUGGGCGGGGAGGAUGCACAGGAGCGGGAGUGGCCGUGGCAGGUCAGCAUCCAACGCAACGGAAGACACUUCUGCGGAGGCAGCCUCAUCGCCGCACAGUGGGUGCUGACCGCAGCGCACUGCUUCUCCAACACUUCCGAAACAUUCCUGUACCGAGUUCUGCUGGGAGCACGGCAGCUGGUGAACCCCGGGCCACAUGCCGUGUAUGCCCAGGUGAAGCGAGUGGAGAGCAACCCCCUGUACCAGGGCAUGGCCUCCAGUGCCGACGUGGCCCUGGUGCAGCUGGAGGAGCCGGUGACCUUCACACACCAUAUCCUCCCUGUGUGUGUGCCUGAUCCCUCGGUGGUCUUCAAGACCGGCAUGGACUGCUGGGUCACCGGCUGGGGCAGCCCCAGUGAGCAAGACCGCCUGCCCAACCCACGGAUCCUGCAGAAGCUGGCUGUGCCCCUCAUUGACACAGCAAAGUGCAACCAGCUCUACAGCAGAGACAUGGACUCCGAUCUCCAGCCCCAAACCAUCAAGGCCGACAUGCUGUGCGCCGGAUUUGCAGAGGGCAAGAAGGACGCCUGCAAGGGCGAUUCGGGGGGGCCCUUGGUGUGCCUCGUGGGCAAGUCUUGGCUGCAGGCCGGGGUGAUCAGCUGGGGCGAGGGUUGUGCUCGCCGGAACCGCCCGGGUGUUUACAUCCGGGUCACUGCCCACUACGACUGGAUCCACCGGAUCAUCCCCGAGCUGCAGUUCCAGACCGCAGGCGCCAGAGGGGGCCAGAGGCGAGACCCGCGGGUCCAUCCGCCGCAGAGUCGGAGCUUGGCUCCGCUCCUGGGCGCCCAUGCCGUCCACCUGAUCCUCGGGGUCCUGCCGACUAUGCUCUGA